GCACCGGGUGGGGAGGGAGGGAACCGGGGCGCGGGCGUUGGGGGCACUCGCCGCCGGCCGGUGUCGCGUGUCAGCGCGGCCGCAAGCUGGGCCCUGGGUAGGGGCUUGGGGCAGCAUGAAGUGUCUGGUCACCGGCGGCAACGUGAAGGUGCUUGGCAGGGCCGUCCACUCCCUGUCCCGUCUCGGGGACGAGCUCUACCUGGAACCCUUGGAGGAUGGGCUCUCCCUCCGGACAGUGAACUCUUCCCGCUCGGCCUAUGCCUGCUUCCUCUUCGCCCCGCUCUUCUUCCAGCAGUACCAGGCAGCUGCCCCUGGUCAGGAGCCCCUGCGCUGUAAGGUCCUGAUGAAGUCGUUCCUGUCCGUUUUCCGCUCGCUGGUGGUGCUGGAGAAGACGGUAGAGAAAUGCUGCAUCUCCCUGAAUGACAGGAGCAGCCGUCUGGUGGUCCAGCUCCACUGCAAGUACGGGGUGAGGAAGACUCACAACCUGUCCUUCCAGGACUGCGAGUCCCUGCAGGCCGUCUUCGAUCCAGCUCUGUGCCCCCAUGUGCUCCGCGCCCCAGCCAGGGUCCUGGGGGAGGCUGUUCUGCCCUUCCCCCUCGCCCUGGCUGAAGUGACCCUGGGUGUUGGCGGUGGCCGCAGAGUCAGCCUGCGCAGCUACCACGAGGAGGCAGACAGCACGGUCAAAGCCAUGGUGACAGAGGUGAGCAUCGGCGAGGAGGAGUUUCAGCAGCUGCAGGCCCAAGAAGGGGCGGCCAUCACUUUCUGCCUCAAGGAAUUCCGGGGGCUCUUGAGCUUUGCCGAGUCAGCAAAUUUGUCUCUGUGCAUCCACUUUGAUGGCCCGGGCAGGCCGGCCAUCUUCACCAUUGAGGACUCCCUGCUCGAUGGCCACUUUGUCUUGGCCACGCUCUCAGAGGCAGACGUGCACUCCCAGGCCCUGGGCUCCCCCACGCUGCGCCAGCCGGUGCCCCAGCUGCAGGCUGACAGCACACCCCACCUGGACAAUCUUGCCAACAACGACUUUGCCAACGACGACAUCGACUCUUACAUGAUCGCCAUGGAAACCACGCUGAGCAGUGAGGGCUCGCGGGCAGCGCCCCCCAUCUCCCUUUCCCCUGGCCCCCCCUCAGAGGAGGAAGAUGAAGCCGAGCCCAGUACAGUGCCUGGGACUCCCCCACCGAAGAAGUUCCGCUCACUGUUCUUUGGCUCCAUCCUGGCCCCCGUACACUCCCCCCAGGGCCCCAGCCCUGUGCUGGCUGAAGACAGCGAGGGCGAAGGCUGAACCGGGAACCUGAAGUCUGGGUCCAGCAGCCUGGAAUUACAUGAGGCCCCAGCCCCAGCCCCUGCAGGCCCAGUGGGUGGUCAAGGGGGUCCCGGCUGGAGCUUAGCUGGCUGUCUGGCUAACCACUGAGCACUCCCCCCAUCGAGUGUGGCUGCCCUGGGACCUGCUGCCUCCCAUCCCCACCCCCCUAAGGAAGGAAACCACAGUGCCCUGCUGGUCAAUGCCAGUCAUGGCCCGCCCUCCCUCCAAUCCCAGACACACCCCUGUGGCACGCACAGACUGUUGUUGCUUUCCCAAUACUCUCUGGCCCUGGUGUGGAAUUCUAAGAACCUGUGUGGGCCUGAGCGUGUGGCUGGGGGUUGCCGUGGCUGGGGCCCAGUGCCCGGAGCCUUCCCAACAAAGUGGCCUGCAGAAGGGCUGCCAGGCCCUGUGCCUGGGACGAGGGAGACAGAGGCCGUGGCGAGAAUCCAGCUUUGACCUUUAUUCAAGAGACCAGAUGGGUUGCCCCGGGAUCCGGCUGCCAGCCCUGAGGCCAGGCAAGGCUGGAGACUGCGAUCUGGCCCUCCUUUGCCCUGAGCUGCAACCUCAACCCCAGGCUCCAGCCAGCAGCCACCACAGGCACAGGCGGGAGGGAGUCCUGAGGGAUCAGACACUGCUAUUAAUUCAUUAAAAAAAAAAAAAAAAAAAAAAAAAAA